AUGAAACUAUUUACCGUUGCCAUCCUCUCCCUGUACGCAGGCAGCUCGCUCGCCUACUUUACCCAAAAGAACUGCGUGAAGAUGCAGGAUGGAUAUGGAAGAUGUGUCGGCAAUGGCCGACACCAGGUUGGCAAUAAAGGUCUUAGACAUAGUUCACGCCCUUCACUCACGUGCACCGAUCCCUCCCAGAAUAAAGAAACAUGCUCUUGUACCUGCACAAACGACAUCGUCUUCGACCAACCCAUCCUUUUCCACGGCCAGGCCGGCAACGCUUCGAACACCGACUGCGACUGCGAGGAUGUCAAGGAAGAAUGCUCUAAGCGCCAGAAAGAGUGCGACGCCAACAUUGCGACUCAACAGUCACUCCUCAAGCGCGAGCAACAGUCGACAGCUGAUCUCCAGAAAGAGUCGGAACUCCUUAAGCAAGAGCCGGAUAUCUUCACAAAGUUGCAAGAUUGGCGCGGCAAUGACGCCUGA